AUGGACCGGCAGACGACAGUCGAGCCUACGAUUGACGAGGAAGACCUCAGCGUAACGUGUUGCGCACCCGCUCGCGCUGCCUUUGACGACUUGACGCGCCCUAUAGUGGUUGGAGAGUCCUUUGCGAGAGCCAACAAACGCGGCGAUGGCGUCUUUUUCGCGUGGCCAUUUCUCGGCCCCUUGCUAUUUGAGAACGAGGCGAGCGACUGCCGCGACCAUUGCGCCAAUGAACGAACCUUUCUUUCCUAUCUCCGCCUAGCAAUGUUCAUGGCCCUCGUCUCGGCCGCCAUCAUCUUGUCGUUCCACCUCAAGCUCGAGCCCACCGAGAUGGAGCUUCGCAUGGCCAAGCCCUUGGGGUUGAUCUUUUGGGCCCUGUCGACCGCAUGCUUGGGGCUAGGACUGACAAACUACAUCAAAACCAUUGACAAGUAUGGCAGGCGUGCGGCUCUCGUCCAGUCUGGAUGGAAGACUCAGAGUAUUCUGACCCUCAUCGUGGUGACGAUUGUUGGAACAUGCGUGACACUACUAGUCAUCAAUAAGCUGGUCCAGAAUUAG